AUGGUGACCGGGCACAGACCCCGCCACCAGGGCUCCACAGCGGGGGAGGAGGAGUGGUGGGCUGGGGACAGAGGGAAGGGGAGGGAGGGUGUUAAGGGGGCCGCCCGCGCAAAGGCCCCGCCCCUCCGAGGCUCCCCCCUCCGCCCCGACCCGCACCGGCGCUGCCCCUCACCCGGCUCCAGCCGUCCGCGCCCCCGCUGCCGCAGGGCCCCUAGCUGGGCCCGGGCUCCCGGGCCCAGUCAGCUCGGUCCGCAGCCGCUGCUCAAACAGCAGCUCCCGCCGCCGCCGCCGCCAUGGCCCGGGCGCUGGGGCCCUACGUCACUUCCGCCUGCCCCUCCACCCUACCCCCCCAGCCCCUGCUGGCGGAGACGUCACCCGCCACUCGCGGCGCGGGGGGGACGCGACGUGGACGCCCUGGUUCUCCCGCUCUCGGGACGCUCCCGGCCCAGUGAGGAGCUGGCUUCCUCGAAGUCCCGCGCCACGUGGGGACCACAGACCCUGUACCCGGGCCAGCGCCGUCCCGCAGCCAACCUUAGCCACCAUUCCCUUCUCGAGGCCCCCACUUGGGGCCUCCGCUCCGCAGGGCGGGGCCUGGGAUCGCUUCGACCCCUGAAGGGGGACGUAGAGAUUGAAAAAGGGACCACCUCCCCCACCGUGUCCCCUAGCGGCUCUGGGGAACGGGUCCCCCCUCCUCACAAUCCCAGCCCAGGAUUCGGGGGGUGUAAAUGCUGCAAAGGAUCCUCUGUCGCUUCAGUUCUCCAGUCCCGUGAACGCAACUAA